AUGUCGCUGGCUAUACCAGCAAGGGAACUCUGUAGACUCCCCUCCGACACGGACUGUACGGGCUCAUGGGUUGGCGGUUUUGGGAGAAGCAUGAAAGGUGACAACACGACAUUCUCCCUGCCCGACCUCGGGCGCCACAACAUCCUGGAACACGACGCCAGCUUGAGCCGGCAAGACGCCGCCUUCGGCGACCCGAACCCCUUCAACCAGACGAUAUUCGACGAGACGCUCGCGCAGUGGACCGAGGACACCAUCAGCGUCAACACCUCCGCCAAGGGCCGGGCCGCCCGCAUCCGCACCUCGAACGCGACGAACCCCGGGUUCAGCCUCUCCCCGCUCGCCCAGGCCUUCACCACGGGCGAGUCCGUGGCGUACAUCAUGGUGUUCGGGGACGUGCAGACUGGUGUUGCGCCCAAGGCUGCCGUGCAGUUCUUUUUUGAGAAGGAACAAUUCCCUCCGGAUUACGCACCACCGGCGAACGUGGUGACCAGUACAAAUCUACUGGACCUUUCGCAGAGACUUGGACAAGCCCUAGUGGUGGAAGGAGUAAAUAUUACCAAGCUGGGCGGUCCAAGGCGGCGUGACGUUCACGGAGCGUUUUGGUAA